AUGACUUCAUCUCUUCACAUUACAAAACCUGAUCGACCUGAGUUAGCUAAACAUGAUGCGUCUAUUCUCGAUCUUGUAUUUGCAAUGGAUUGUACUGGUUCUAUGGCAUCAUAUAUUCAGAGUGCUAGAGAUAAUAUUCGUGCAAUUGUUGAAGAAAUUGUCGUAAGUGAAAAGAGUGAUGUUCGUUUGGCUCUUGUCGAAUAUCGAGAUCAUCCACCUCAAGAAGCCACUUUUGUUACACGCGUACAUGAUUUUACAAGUAAAGUAAAUGAAAUGAAAAGAUGGUUAGAACAGUGUCAAGCACAUGGUGGCGGUGAUGGACCUGAAGCAGUUGCUGAUGCUCUUCAUGAUGUUCUCAAAUUAUCAUGGCGUAUUCAAUCUACUAAAAUUGCUAUUCUUAUAUCUGAUGCACCACCACAUGGACUUGAUCCAGUUGGUGAUGGUUUUCCAAACGGAUGUCCUGCUGGUCUUGAUCCUCUUCAGAUUGUUCGUGAUAUGGCUCAAAAACAUAUAACACUCUACACCGUUGGUGUUGAACCACCUAUUAUGCCUUAUCGUGAUUUUUUCAUGUCAUUGGCAUAUAUAACUGGUGGACAAUAUGUACCAAUGAUCAAUGCUAAAUUAUUAGCGAAAGUAAUCAUAGGUGGAGUACGUGAAGAAAUAUCAUUAGAUCAUUUGAUGCAAAAUGCUCAAGAAGAUAUUGAUCGUGAAAUGAAAAAAGCCGAAGCUGAAGGUGUUGAUGAAAAAGAAAAAGCUAAGAGAAUAGCUCAUUUAUUUGCUUCUAAAAAUAUGUAUGUGCAACAAAUGGCUAAUGUUGCUGGAGCUCAUUCAACAUUAGCUAAGGAAUCAUAUUCUAAAUGCACUAAUAUGUUUCAAAUGCAGCAACAAUUUCAAGCGCAGCAACCACCGCCUUCCAUGUAUUACCAACAGGCAGUUGCUCCUUCCUUUAUUAGACCGCCAGUCCCUUUGUCGUAUAUCCAACAGGCACCUCCUCCGCCAUUUGUUCAGCAUCCACUUACUGGAGCCUCCUAUCAACGGAUGCAGCCUCCGCCAUAUGCUCAGCCGCCACUUCCUGGAGCUUCUUAUCAACAGAUGCAGCCUCUAGCUUAUUCUGCCAUUAGUACAGAUGUCAAAACAGAUGAAAUGAAUUAUGAUUUGCUAGCAAAUCAAGAAGUGAGCGAGGAACAAGCUGCACGUAUUGUUCAAAAAUGGCAAAAUCGUACAUAA